AUGUUCCAUUGGCAAUCCACAAUUAUGGGACCUCAUAACAGCCCAUAUGAAGGUGGUGUAUUCUUUUUGACAACUCAUUUUCAUGUGCACUACCCCUUCAAACCACCUAAGGUUGCAUUUAUAAGAAUUUAUCAUCCAAAUGUUAACAGCAAUGGCAGCAUUUAUCUCCAUAUUCUAAGAUCACGGUGGUCUCCUGCUUCAAUGCUUCUAAAGUUCUUUUAUACAUUUGUUCACUGCUGUGAACCAAACCCAGAUGACCCCCUAGUGCUAGAGAUUGCACAGAUUGGUAAAACCUACAAAGAUAAAUAA